CUGCACUAUGAGAACCUCUUGGGCAGCAGAGUUUCUGUCCACCUGGCAGCAGCUGCCUGGGGCUGUGGCUUUCUCAAUGCUCUGCUGCACACAGCCAAUACAUUUUCCCUGCCCCUCUGCCAGGGCAAUUCUCUGGACCAGUUCUUCUGUGAAGUGCCCCAGAUCCUCAAGCUCUCCUGCUCCACAUCCUACCUCAGGGAACUUUGGCUUCUUGUGCUCACUGCCUGUUUCUUCUUUGUCUGUUUUGUGUUGAUUGUGGUGUCCUAUGUGCAGAUCUUCAGGGCAGUGCUGAGGAUCCCCUCUCAGCAGGGACGCCACAAAGCCUUUGCCACCUGCCUCCCUCACCUGGCUGUGGUCUCCCUGUUUGUCAGCACUGCCUUCUUUGCCUACCUGAAGCCCUCCUCCAUCUCCUCCCCAUCCCUGGACCUGGUGGUGUCAGUUCUGUACUCAAUGGUGCCUCCAAAUGGGAUACGUGGUGACACGAUCCGAUAUACAAUGGGCUAUAGAAAAUCUGACAAAUCCGGACCAAAUUACUACGAAAUUAGCCGAAUACGUGGUCGAGCUAUGCGCUGA